GCCGCAAGCUGGCAGGAAGGAGAAGAUGUUAUUGUAGAGUCAAUGAGACAGAAAGCGCAGACUGAAGGGGGAGCAGAUGUUACAGAGCUAUCAUGAAAUAGUAACACAUGCACAGGAUUGUACUUUGGGGGGUUUGUUGAUGUUUUUCUGUGGCAUUUUAUUUUUACGCACAGUUGGCAUUUGUUUUGCUGUGAUCACGUAGCACUGAUUGCUCAAGGACUUGUUUCCCAUUACCAGGACAAACAGCACAGGCUGGACCGUGUUAAGACCAGUAAUUCUGAUACAGGUUUCCCAUUUGGUAUAAAUCGUGACCAUCCUUCCUGGUUCCUGACAGUUAGCCACAUCAUGUUAGAAAGUCGUCUUCAGCGAGUUCAGAACAGUAACAGCUCCAACAGCUGAAGUAUAACGCCUCUUGUCAUCGUCUCUGCCCAUCCCACUCAACACAGGAUAGUGGGUUCUGUGGCAAGAUGCUUGGGUCUGAAAGAGGUGUGGUAGAGGAAUGGCUUUCAGAAUUCAAGGCUUUACCUGAAAACCAGAUACCUAGUUAUGCAGCAACACUUCAUCGAAAGAAAACGCUAGUCCCUGCUCUCUAUAGAGUUAUCCAGGAUUCCCAUAAUGAGCUUUUGGAGCCUGUGUGUCACCAACUGUUUGAGCUCUACCGCAGUUCUGAGGACAAGCUAAAGAGGUUCACGCUACAGUUCCUGCCUGAGUUGGUGUGGGUUUAUCUCCGAGUCACUGCCAGCCGAGACAGACAGAGCAACGGCUGCAUUGAGGCCCUGCUGCUCGGCAUCUACAACCUGGAAAUUGUGGACAAAGAUGGAAAUAGUAAACUGUUGUCAUUCACCAUACCUUCGCUAUCAAAACCAUCUAUAUAUCAUGAGCCCUCCAGUCUGGGAUCGAUGGCUUUAACAGAGGGGGCCCUGAGCCAGCAUGACCUCAUCAGGGUGGUUUACAGUGACCUCCACCCCCAGAGAGAGACCUUCACUGCACAGAACAGAUUUGAAGUGUUGUGUUUCCUGAUGUUGUGCUACAACUCUGCAGCAGUUUAUAUGCCUUGCUCUUCCUACCAGUCUGCUUGCAGGAUGUGUUCACGGUUAUGUGUAUGUGGCUUUCCAAGACAACACCAAAAGCAGUGGAAGGAGCUAUGUGGUCGGGUUGUUCUGGACCCUGAAUUUAUGGUGCAAAUGCUGACGUCGGUAUAUCAUGCCAUUUACAAUGGAGAAUGGGAUCUGGGGAGAGAGGCGUUGGAUGACAUCAUCUACAGGGCACAACUGGAACUUUACUCUCAGCCUCUCUUGGUGGCCAACGCAAUGAAGAGUUCCUUGCCUGCCACUGCUCCUGAUGUUUCCCAGGGCCGCAAGGUCCUGCAGGUGGAGGUGACACCCACCGUGACACGAAUAUCCCGCACCGCCAUCACCACGGCCUCUAUCCGCCGGCACCGCUGGAAGAGAGAGGAUGCAGAGGGCAUGAGUGGGGGCGAGGAUUCUAUCAACCUAAAUGACCCGGACGAAGGCUUCUCUUCAGGGGCUUCCAACAGCAGCCAGCCUAGUGGCACCAAGCAGGUGGCUGUGGGCUCCGGGGGCUGGCCACCAAUCCAGAGGAACAGCACAAAAAAGGGGAUGGUGGGGCGAAUGACCAGGGAGAGAGAGAUGGUAGGAGCAGCCUCCUCCAUCAAGCAUGGGGAUCUCUCAGUUGAGCCUCAGGUGGUCCUUCGGAGACAUCACCAGAGGCAGCAGUCCCCUCCUCCAGCUUCCCCUCCUGCGGUUUCCAUAGAUGCCAUUGAGCUGAGCCCCAUGAAGAAGCAUCUCAGUCUGCCAGCCAGCCAGAGUUUGGUCAGGACUGCCAGUGCCACCUCUAGCAAGUCCUUUGACUACAUGAAUGGAAGCCGGGUGACAAGAGGUGGCAGUGUGCUAGAGGGCAUGGGUAACCUCACAGCUGGCAGCACUCACCGCUACUCCACAAUAAGCUUGCAGGAGGAGAGGCUGGUAGGCCGGGGAGAGGAUACCAAGGAGCUACUAUCCCCUGGCGCCCCCCUCACCAAGCAGUCACGCUCCCCUAGCUUCAAUAUGCAAAUUAUAUCACAGGUUUAAGUGGGGUGGAGACCAUCGAGUCAUCAAACCUCCACUCCAGCUCACAUUAACCCAUCCUACUUUUUACAGUUACCUAGCAACAACUCCUCAAGAGAAAUCACCUGUCACCUAGCCACCCACAGUGGCUCUUCCAUUGCUAAUAACUAAAAAAUAUAUUUCUCAAGAUAUACUGGGAUGUCUGGAAUAUGUUGUUUUAAAUAUUCAUCGGGAAUAAGAAAAUAUUAAGCAGUUAUGUGCACAAUCAUAAGAAACGGGUUGGUGAAAGACUAAUCAUUGUGGUGGUUGUAUAUAGAACUUCAUAGGCAUGUCCCUUAGCCAAUGAAAUAAAUGGAGAUGGAAAAAGUCAGACCAGUCAUGAGAAUGCCCUCUCCACCUCAUGUACCCUUUGACCAAAUGGUGCAUUCCAUGUAUAUUUUGCAGACAAAAGCAAAGACAGAUCUAUUGUUAACCAUGUGAAAUAUUUCAUUGUUGUUGGUCUGACGUAAUUUAUUCCUGAGAUUCAUUAUAGUAUAUAUUUUGUAUUGAAUCAGCAAUAAGACUUCCAUUGUAUGUUGACAAUGAAGUGAUUCACUGUA